GGAGGUGGGAAACCAAAAACAAAACAAAGAAAAAAAAUAAAACAAAUUCAUUUAAUUUUAUCGUAUUUAUUUUGAUUUUUAAUAAUUUCAUUUUUAAAAAUAAAAAAUAAAAAUUGGAGUAAAAAGUUUCAAUAAGGACUUUGGGAUCCAACCCUUUCAGGAAUCUGCAACUUCGUCUUCCCAUCGUUAAAAGAAAGAAAGAGUUUUUGGUAUUGAGUUGUGUCGUUUUAUUCCCAUUCCUGUGUCGUUUUGAAGGAUUCCUCCUUCGUUUUGUAAAUCGUCUUAUUUUGGGAUCAAAAGCUCCAUUAUUAACUCGAUCAAACAACCUCAAACCCUUAAUUGCUGCUUCCAUGGCCGUUCCCGGACUUCAUCGGUUCCGGUAGAGUUGAACUAGGAGGAAAUUCCGGUCUUUGUUUUCGUCGUUGCUGUUUUUUUUUUUGUUUUUGUUUUUGGUUCAGGAUUUUGUUUCUUUCAUGGGCGAUCUUCGGGAUUGGUCGCCUGAACUAAACGGCGUCGUUUUGGAAGAUAGGCCGUCGUCUUCUUCGUCUUUGUCUUCGUCUCCACCGCCGCCGCCGCUACUUCAGCCGCCGCCACCGCUUUCGUUGAAUCAAACGGUGAUUGGUUUGGAAUACUGGCAGAGAGCGGAGGAAGCUACGCAGGGGAUUAUAGGUCAGGUUCAACCAACUGUUGUGUCUGAGAGGAGGAGAAGAGCGGUUAUUGAUUAUGUUCAGAGGCUUAUUAGAGGUUACCUUGGUUGCGAAGUGUUCCCAUUUGGAUCAGUACCUUUAAAAACGUAUUUGCCUGAUGGAGAUAUUGACUUGACUGCAUUUGGUGGCCUAAAUGUUGAGGAGGCUUUGGCUAAUGAUGUGUGCUCAGUCCUUGAAAGAGAAGAAAAAAAUAACGCUGCAGAAUUUGUGGUGAAGGAUGUGCAGUUGAUCCGGGCUGAGGUUAAACUUGUAAAAUGCCUUGUACAGAACAUUGUGGUUGAUAUUUCGUUCAAUCAGUUGGGAGGGCUUUGUACACUAUGCUUUCUCGAACAGGUUGAUUGCCUCAUUAGCAAAGAUCAUAUUUUCAAACGGAGUAUUAUACUCAUUAAGGCUUGGUGCUAUUAUGAAAGCCGUAUUCUUGGUGCUCAUCAUGGUUUGAUUUCUACAUAUGCUUUGGAGACAUUGGUCCUAUAUAUCUUCCAUCUCUUCAACUCAUCCUUGAACGGUCCUUUAGCAGUUUUGUAUAAAUUCUUGGACUAUUUUAGCAACUUUGACUGGGAUAAUUACUGCAUUAGCUUGAAUGGACCAGUUCGGAUAUCUUCACUUCCAGAACUCAUUGCUGAAACUCCUGGCCAUGACCUACUGCUUACUGAUGAAUUUCUUAAAGGAUGUGUUGAAAAGUUCUCAGCUCCUUCAAGGGGAUAUGAGACAAGCUCCAGAACAUUUCCACAAAAGCAUCUUAACAUUGUCGAUCCAUUGAAAGAAAAUAACAACCUUGGGCGUAGUGUGAGCAAAGGAAAUUUUUUCCGAAUAAGGAGUGCUUUCACAUAUGGUGCUCGAAAACUGGGGCGCAUCCUUUCCCAGCCUGAAGAGAACAUUGGAGAUGAAAUUCGAAAAUUUUUCUCCAACACAUUGGAAAGGCAUGGAAAGGGCCAAAGGCCUGAUGUUCAAGAUUCUUUUUCCAUGUAUGGACAUGAUGAGUUUAGUGCUGCAUCAUUCUCGGAUAUAGAGCUUCAAGAAAUUCAGAUAGGUUGUGAUGCCGAAUCAAGUAGCAUGACUGGGGAUAUUAGGUUAAACCACGAGAGAUCACUGACUGGUGGAGACCCUGAUGUUCAGAUAUCAGGGACUGAAGUCAUCUCUGAAAGGUAUGUGGAUGAACAAUACGAAGCCUCUUCGAAUAUGAUGCCAUCAAUGGAUUUGUCAAAACCGGACAAUUCCUCGGAUGGAACUGCUGUUUCAGAUAAUCGUCUUCAUGGGGAUGCACAAGACCUUGCUACAUCAAGGUUUCAGAGUCUUACUAUUUCUGAUGAUUCGCCAAAAUCUUCCCACACACAUCAUGCUCCUCAUCUGUACUUUGCUCAUUCACCAACUCCAAAUGAUGAAAUAAAUGGUAAUUGUCAAAUCAGACAACAAAAACACAGUGGUUCUACUGAGAAUCCGGCUGGUGAUCAGGAUGAACACCACUUCACCAGUAAUCAUAAAAUUGUCUCACCGGUUGCAUCAAAGGAACAUCUUUCACGCUUGAGUUCGAUUGCGUUGUCCUCAGAGGACUUCUAUCCUAGCUCUUCUGGUUACAGGCUGUCUACUGCCGUUGCUGGAAGUCCCGAGCCUUUCAACACUUUGUCAGAUUUGAAUGGAGAUUUUGAAAGUCACCUCAACAGUUUACAUUAUGGUAGGUGGUGCUAUGACUGUGCCCUGAAUGUAUCCAUUGCUCCUAUGCCACCUAUGCUUUCACAGUUUCACAGCAAGAAAUCAUGGGAUGUAAUACGGCGAUCUCUGCAUCUUAAGCAUAAUGUUUUUUCCCAAAUGAAUACCAACGGAGUUGUCCACAGACCAGCUUUUUACCCCAUAAGUCCACCACUAUUACCUGGCGGUGUAGGAUUUGGGGUUGAGGAAAUGCAAAAGCCACGAGGAACAGGAACAUAUUUCCCGAAUAUGAAUCAUUACAGAGAUAGGCCAAUUACACCAAGGGGAAGAAACCAAAUGCCUGCUAGGUCUCCCCGGAACAAUGGUCGUAUGGAGAACGGUUUGGUCGAGAGAAGUAGUCGUGACACUACACAAGCACAUUUUUCUUCUCACAAAGGAAAUGGGAAGUCUGCAUCUGCAGAUGACCUUUCUGGUUCCCCUCGGAGGAAGGCAAACACUAAUAAUGCCAAUGGUUCAAUGCAUCCGUCUGAGCGUUUGGUUGAAUUUGGUUCCAUGGGGCAUCCACCACCCGAGGCACCCUUACCGAGAGGAAGCUGGCAAACAAACUCUGUGUUGAGUCCCAUUCAAAACUCAGACACUAGCCUCGGUUCACCAGGAUCAGAUAAGCUUAAACCGGUACUGAGUAUGGAUAAAGAUAGGAUUGCUGUAAAAUCAUACCAUUUGAAAGAUGAUGAUGAUUUCCCACCUUUAUCCGUUUGACACCGCAAUGGGGGAAGUGAGUGAUUAUCUGUUUUUAUUUGGUUUUAAGGCAAAUCGAGUGAUACAGUAACAAAAAAAAAUCUAACAAACAGCUUGAGCUUGCGCUGUUUGCCUCCCGGGCUCGUUAAACUCUUUUCGGAAGCUUUAUGUGGAGUUUAGUAUUCUCUUCUCUACAUGUCUUAGAAAACAAAAAAAAGAAAAAAGAAAGAUAAAACGAAGGGAAUUUUCUGUACAUUUUUACUAAUUAUUUGGUUCUCACAAAAAAAGAAGAAGAAAAAACACCUAGCAUCUUUGCUUUGGUUUGAGGUGUUGUUUAUACAUAGGAUGUUUGAUUUUUAUUAUAAUUUGCCCUAGUAAGAUUUUGCUCUUUAGGUAGAUGAUGUUUGAAACACAACAUAUUGUUUUUGAUGAUGAUAAUGUUGUUGUUGUUGAUGACUGACGUAGCUUUGUAUUUAAACAAAAAUGUUUGGUCCCU